AUGAUUUCAAUAGGAGCUACGUUAAGGAAUAGAAUUGUUCUAGCCCGCAAUAUAACACGUUUCCAAAGUGUAUUGAGCCAUUCGAAACCUAUACCGGAUAUAAACUCGAACAGUGAUGAGGAUUUGAAAAUUGUAGAUGAGCUAUUGAAUACGGAUAAUUCCAAUCAACUUAAAAAGAGAGACCGUCGUCCCUCUUAUGAAAACCCGAUCUCAUUGCUCCGUAAACAAUUGACCGAAAAUUUGGACUCCACAUCUGAUGUAUCCAGUUCGUAUGAUCUGCUUAAGAAGGGUAUCAGAAGGAUUCAAGAAGAAACUGCCAACCCUGAUUAUGUGAAAAAAUCUUACGGUUUGAAUAUACCGUUAGUGAAACUAUUAGAUAAGGCGACUGAUUCAGUGAGGAAAAAUACUCCUGAAAUGGAAGUGGAUCCUUACCAAAUAUUAGAUACUUUAUGUCAGAAUGAAAUAGCACAUUCCCAACAUUUUGAAAUCUUGUUGAAAUCUUUAUUGUCACAAGAUAGGCCACAUGACGUCUUAGCAUUAUGGGUCAGAUACUUACAAACAAUUACAGAAAAUCCUAAAGCUCUAACAACACAAGCGUUUAAGAAGAACCAUCGUAAUCAAGAAGUAUUCUAUAAUCCACAUUUGGAAAAUAUUGCACUCACUUCUGUCGCUUAUUUAUUACUUCCUAAUUCAACACCAAACAUCCAAACACUUUAUGAAAUCUUGAGGUUGGACAAGGGGAAGGGCGAUGUCUUACCAUUUAAUUAUGUUAAAAAGGUUAUCUUUAAUGUGGUAGCAGAAUCUCAAAAACCACUUGCAUUUGCAGGGUUUGACAAACUUUUCAAUCAAUAUAUUAGGGCUGACAAGGAAUCAUUUUUGAAAAAAUUAGACAAUACCAUUCAACUUUCUCAACUACGUGAAUAUUAUAAAACAUAUACUGCGAUCAAGACCGAUCUAGAUGGUGAAAUCUUGGCAAAAUGUAUGGAUAAAUAUAUUGAGUUCGGAAAUCCCUCCGAAGCAGUAUCCAUUUACACUAAAUCUAAAAACGUGGAAUUGAACUCAAUAUUCUUGAAAAAUUCUCUAUUAGUAGCCGUUGCUAAUUUACCUGCAGAUUCAAGAGCAAGUAGAUUGAAAAGAGUUAUGGCCGUUUGGAACAGUCUUAUUAAACCUGUUAAUCCCAAUGCCGCUUCUUAUGCCGCAUUGAUUAAAGCCGUUAAUGAAUCAAGAAAUCUAGAUGAACUGAAAAUAAUAUGGAAGAACGAUAUACCAUCAACUGUAAAAGAAGAUGCAAUUGUCAAGGAGGCUUAUCUAACUGCAAUAAUUAAUGAUCCAGCUGAGAAAUUUAAUGUCAAGGAACUUCCAGAGAAUAUACAGUCUUUAAGCUUGAUUAAUGCAAUCCUCAUUAAAUUGGCCGCCGAUAGUGAAGUGACCAAGGAAUCGUUUGAUGAAUUUUAUAACAAAUACUUCAGCAAGGAUUCUCCCAUGAGGAAAACUCCCGACUUGGAAACAAAGGCUAUCAAAAUGUUUGCCUCUUAUCAACAUACAGAAGAUAAAUCUUCAUUCCAAUUUUUCCAUUCUAUUUCACUAAAUCCAAGAGAUUUUAAGAGAAGUUUAGCUAUAAUAAAUGAUUUUAUUAGAGUGGUACCCUCUAUUGAACCCAUUAGAGCCUUUUAUGCGGAAGCUAAGGAACCUUUUGACGCAAGAAGAUACAACUCCUUUAUUAAUGCGGAAUUCGAAAAGAAAGAUGGAUCCAGUGAUGUAGCAGAAGAAAUAUUCCAUGAAUUUACUAAGAAUGCAAGUGAAUCAAAGGCAACCAUGGACAAAUAUAAAGAACCUUUGGAAACACUAAUGAAGGGGUUUUCAUUCUUGGCCACGAAGCAUAGAAAUACAAGCCUACUACUUAAAGUUGAUACUUACUUGCAAUUGGCUCGUAAAUUGAAAUUGGACGUUAAUUUUGCCGUCCUAGCAAAAAUUCUUUUUACCAUUUCAUACUUGGCAAGAGGAAAUUCUGGGAAAUUUACAGAAGAAGAACUUGCUGCUAUUCAAUCAAUCUCAAAAUAUAUUCAAGGCAAUAAAUCUUUUACACCAAACGAAAGAGAUGUUCAAAUUCUACAAAAAAAAUGGUAUAAAUUUUUUCUCAACGAAAAAAGAAGGUGA